CCGCGCGUGCGCAGCGGUCGGCGUGGCGCCUCCGCCAAUCGCGGCGCGAGUCGUUGCGCGGCGGCCCCGCCCCCGGCGCGGCGAAGGACAAGGUGACGGCGCGGGGCCCGCGUUCAGCCUCUGCCGCAGCGGCUCCAUCUUGUGAGGUCGCCAUGUUCUCGUCCAUCGCGCCGCUCGCGCGGCACAACCUGUUCUGCGCGCCGCACUUCCAGCUGGUGCAGGACGGCGUCAGAAAGCGCCCGGCGGAGCCCGCGGAGGCCCCCGCCACGCGGCGGGGCCUGGCGGCCGCGUCCGCCGACGAAGAGUACAGUUGUGAAUAUGGCUCGCUCAAGUUUUAUGCUCUCUGUGGCGUUGGUGGGGUCCUAAGUUGUGGCCUGACACACACUGGUGUCGUACCUCUGGAUUUAGUGAAAUGUCGUAUGCAGGUCGAUCCACAAAAAUACAAGAGCAUCUUCAAUGGAUUUUCAGUGACAAUCAAUGAGGAUGGUGUUCGUGGCUUGGCUAAGGGAUGGGCUCCAACCUUUAUUGGCUAUUCCAUGCAAGGGCUUUGUAAAUUUGGUUUUUAUGAAGUUUUCAAAAUUCUGUAUGGCAACAUGCUGGGAGAGGAAAACGCCUAUUUGUGGCGUACUUCGCUAUAUUUAGCUGCAUCUGCCAGUGCAGAGUUUUUUGCUGACAUUGCUCUGGCUCCAAUGGAAGCUGCUAAAGUUCGUAUUCAGACACAGCCUGGAUAUGCGAACACUCUACGGCAGGCUUUACCCAAAAUGUUUGCAGAAGAAGGCAUCUGGGCUUUCUAUAAAGGUGUUGCUCCACUAUGGAUGAGACAGAUUCCAUACACAAUGAUGAAAUUUGCCUGCUUUGAACGUACUGUUGAAGCUCUCUACAAGUACGUUGUUCCCAAGCCACGAAGUGAAUGUACAAAAGGAGAACAGCUGGUAGUCACAUUUGUUGCAGGCUAUAUUGCUGGUGUAUUCUGUGCAAUUGUUUCCCAUCCUGCUGACUCUGUGGUAUCUGUGUUGAACAAAGAAAAGGGCAGCUCAGCUUCGCAGGUUCUCAUGAGGCUUGGAUUCAAAGGUGUAUGGAAAGGUCUAUUUGCUCGUAUCAUUAUGAUUGGUACCCUGACUGCACUACAGUGGUUCAUCUACGAUUCUGUCAAGGUUUAUUUCAGACUUCCUCGCCCACCUCCACCUGAAAUGCCAGAAUCUCUGAAGAAGAAGCUUGGUCUAACUGAAUAGACAACUCAUGGACUGACUGCUGACUGUCCCAGUGAUGAGUUUCAUGAAAAUUUUAUACAUUUGACUAUGUAGAAAACAAACUCUAUACAAUGUCAUUAUUGGUUGUGCCCUCAUCUCACAAGAGGGUUUAAAUUCUACCACUGUCAUUGCCUGAAAUAAAUGAGAAACAGAG